AUGAAUCAAACUACAACACAAACCUCAGAUGUAACUUCUCCAUUCUUAUCUUACGAACAUAAUGAGGAAAAUGAUGAUAAUAAUGAUGUUUUUAUAAAUGUGGAUAAUAAUAAUAAAAUUGUUUUGGAAAAUAAUAAGUUUGAACGUUGGAGUUGGCUUUGGUGGAUAAACUCAAUUAUAAGAAUUUUUAUUUUUGCAAUUACGGGAUCCACAACUGUUAGAAUUGUCCGUCCAAUAGUUGUUGGCGUAUUUGGAAUAGAAGUAACUGGAGAUGACUUUAUCAAAUGUGCACAGAAAAUUGAAGAAUUAUCAAAAAAUGACAAACCACCAGAAAAUUUGAUAUAUAGAGCAAGGAAAACAGUGGAUUAUUUAUAUGAGCAUUUUGAAGAGCUUUGGCUAUCUGAUAGUCAAUGGGAAGAAUUAUCAUCAAUCAACUUUAUACCUUGUGAACAUCCAAAAGCACCUUACGAUCAUGUAAUAUAUGAACAAAAUCUACUUUACUCUUUUAAAUCUCUUCAUUUACCAAUUUACAAAAAUCUCAUAUGGACACAGGCGCCUAUAUACUCGUACAAUGUUAUACCGAAUCAUUCCUUUCUAACCAGAUUUCCAUCAUUAAGAAAUAUUGAAUUUCAUAUGUUAUUAAAUCAUCUAUAUGAAAUAAUUGAUACUAUUAUCAAAGCUGGCUUGGUACAAUGGAAAUCAAUUAAAGCGACAAAAAAGUUAAAAAAGGUUAUAUUUGAAAUCUACGAGUAUUUGGAUAUGAUGAACUAUCGUGAAUAUUUACAUAAAAAACUAAAAGAAAACGCAUACAUAUUUUUGAACGGGGCUGAUCCUUUUAUACAAGAGAAUUGGAUGUGUGCAAAAAAUCUUGUCUUAAAUAUAAGUGAAGAUAUCAGUUUGGAUAAAAGGGCAGUAAGUCCUAAAUUGUCUCGUUUUAAAAGAUUGCUGUUGCUUUCAGGAGCGUCAGAGAUGAAAAACAUACCUGUAAACAUAAAGUUGAUACCUCGUUCUCAGAAAGAACGGAUCACUGCUUCAUUGGACAGGUUUUUGAAAGAACAAGAAAAUGGUGUUUCUAAAUUUUUUAAAAAUUAUAAUGAACAAGCCAACAUGAAAUGGCCUAAUGAUAUUUAUUUUAAUGUACGUAGUAAGAAGAUAGGAGCUAAUCGUUACAUGUUGGCAGCUUCUUCAAAUUAUUUUGAAGUGAUGUUUCUUGCGGGCACUAAAGAAUCAAAUCCUGACGAAAUUGUUCAUGUUAAUGUGGAUGAUGUAGAUCCUAAUUCAUUCCUAGUGCUUCUUGAAUGGUUAUAUGAAAAAUAUUUAAUAAAAGAACUUAAAUAUGAAGUUGAAUAUGAGAUUAUAAAUGGUGGACUUGUAUUGCCACAGAAUGUGAUUGAAUUGAAAGGAUGGGCAAAAAUAUAUUCAGCUGGGCAACUUUAUAAUUAUUGUAAUAAAUUCAUAUUAGUGAAUUGUGAAUUAUUGUAUGAACAAAGACAAGCUGAAUUAAUCAAAGUAACAGAAGAAGAACGUAAGGAAGAAAUUGAAUUUUUGGAAGAGGAGUUGGGCGACAUGGUUCGUCAGAUACGUAGAGCUAAAGAGCCAAUGAGUAUGGAUAUCUUUGGUGCAUGGGGGCCUCUUGGUAGUUAA